AUGAGCGUGCCACGACCGAUUGUUGACGCUUCGGCCUUAUCAAAUGUUCGAGAUAUCGUGAGGGCCGCUGGAGACCACGAUCUCGAUCGCUUACAACGCCUGCUCGAUAGCUCACAUUUCGAGGGUUGUAAGCCGGUCGAUGUGCAGGAGCCCGAGCAUGGCUACACUCCUUUGCACGCUGCCAUUGCAUCGUGUCGUAGUGACGGAGCCACAGAUGGAAUUCUGGAGGACAACGAAUCUAAGGCCUACGAGACAGUCAAACUGUUGUUCGAGAACGGUGCCAUCUGGAAUCAGCUCGACCGGAACGAUGAAACACCUGGCUGUAUUGCACAUCGCCUUGGCCUAAUAUCCCUGUACCAGCUCAUGGUCGAUGCUGGCGUCAGGGCUGAGCUGCUUCUGAAUCGCUUGGACGGGUAUGAGGAGCUCGAAGAUUUAGACGACGAAGACGAAGACGAUGCUGCCGAACCUGAUUCGCACGAUGAGUCGGAUACAGAGGCGCCAGAACUGGUGGUGACCACGGCAGAAGGAGAGACUUCUUCUGUCCAGCAGGGCUUACUGGAGGCAAGUACGGAGGAUGUCGACUCAAAGGCAUAUCUGUCUUCCGCACUGUCCUUCGACGACGAGAUGCUGUUGGACGAAUCACAGAACGGUGUCAUGAUGAAAUGGGAGAGCGACAUCAUGGCGCGCUCUGCGGAUUUGCUUCUCUCCAGGCCUGGCCUCAAGAUCCUGAACAUCGGUUUCGGGAUGGGCAUCAUUGACACACAUAUCCAGUCGCACAUGAACAAACCAGCUGAGCAUCACACCGUCGAAGCACAUCCGGAUGUACUCCGAGACCUCAAAUCGAAAGGCUGGCAAGAUAAGCCAAACGUAUUCAUCCACGAGGGCAAGUGGCAGGAUGUCUUGCCUGAACUUGUCGCGGAAGGUCAAACAUUUGACGCGAUCUACUACGACACAUUCGCCGAGUCCUACCACGACUUCAAAGAAUUCUUCUCGGAGCAACUCAUCGGAUUGCUCGACCAGGGUGGCAACUGGUCGUAUUUCAAUGGCAUGGGAGCAGAUCGUCAGAUCAGCUACGAUGUCUACCAGAAAAUUGUCGAGAUCGACCUCAUGGAGGCAGGCUUUGACGUCGAGUGGACUGAUUUCGACCUUCCAAACCUUGGUGCAGCCUGGACGGGUGUGAAACGGAAGUACUGGAACGUCGAGCAGUAUCGACUGCCGGUUUGCAAGUUCAUGGACUGA